UGACUUCUCUUCUUCUGCCCAAACCCAGAAGACAGCGGGGACGAGACGGAGACUUGUUGGAGACUUCAAACUCACCGAAAGAAAAUACAGCUUAUAAGAACCAUCACUGUUGCUCUAGAGUACCUGUCACAUAUAUAUAUAUAUAUAUUUAAAAAAAAAAUCUAUAUAUAUAUUUCCACAUUUGAACUAAUACGCAAGUAUGUCCUGGCAAAGCUACGUGGAUAACCUGAUGGACGAUGGCAGCUGCCAGGACGCCGCCAUUGUUGGUUACACGGACGCCAAAUAUGUCUGGGCAUCGUUUCCCGGUGGUACAUUUGCUAACAUAACGGCUGAAGAAAUCGACGUCAUCAUAGGACAAGACCGAGAAGCGUUCUUCUGCCGUGGGCUGACCCUAGGCCAAAAGAAAUGCUCCGUCAUCAGAGACAGCCUCAUCACCGACGGGGACUGGACAAUGGACAUCAGGACAAAGAGUCAAGGAGGAGAGCCCACAUAUAACGUUUCCAUAGGCAAAACCAACAAAGUGUUGGUUUUUGUCAUGGGAAAGGAAGGUGUCCAUGGAGGACAGCUCAACCAGAAAGCGCAUACACUGGCUGACUACCUGAGGAAGACUUCAAACUAAAGCAGCAUCGGCCCAGCCACCUAGCAGCUCACCCAUAACACACACUUCCAGUUCUAGUUGAUAGUUGCUUACUUUUCUCCCCAGACCCUCCUUUUGUUUCCCCCCUUUCUCUUGUUCUUUCCCAGUCAUCUUGAUGCAUUCACACUGUGUGUACUCAAUCCCAUUCUAGCACUGUUGCACCAUAGUAAAAAAAAAAAAAAAAGAGCAUGUUGUUAACAGGACAUUGUGACAAAUCUAUACUUGUUUAAAAAAAAACUUUAAAAAAAAAAACAACCUUGCACCAUUCUGGCCAAUGCUCAGUGGAAAAAAUAAUAAUUUGAAGGAAACCUAAAAUUGAUGAACUGAGAUUUCGUGUGAUGGUGCCCCGGAAGUUCACUCUUGAGCAGCCGAUGCCUUUGGAGCACUUGAGCUGUAACCAAGCUCAUUGUCUUCCUUUUCUAGAGCAUGUUUUUUUUUUUGGGGGGGGGGGUCAUGCAUAUCUUCGAGGCUACUGAAAUACUGUUCCCUCUGCCCCCUCCCUGUAACUCCUGCCAAAUGUCUGUAGCUCCUUCCCCCUCUUCCUGUUUGUCCAUAGGUGCCACUACAUCAGUACACGGGAGGAACACUCCAUUAACCAAUCACUAUACCCUAAAGUCCCCUGUAUCUCCCUCUCUGAGCCACACAACUCUACCGGACGGACGGACGGGGGGGGUUGCCCUUCAAUGCAGUCAUGGCAGGCUUAUCAGUUCUGGUAUUGAUUGAGUCAGAAGGCAAAACCGACAUGUUUGAUGCAGGCGGAAUCUCUUCCAUGUCCUCUUCAUGACUACAUGAACCCCAUCAUGGACAUUCCAUCGUUACAAUGGCUCAGACACUUAACUGUUUGCCAGCUCCUGUAAUGCAUUUCCUUUAUUUUUUUUUAAAGGCUGCCAUUUUGGACAGUAGAUACAUCCAGUUUGACGUUUUUCAUAGGACCAAUUUUAGUGACAGCUUUGGGUGUAUAUAUAUAUAUAUAUAUACAAUUGCUCUAAAUCAUUGUGAAAGGAUGCCUUCUAGCCUCAUCUUUCCCGCUGAAGGCAAAACAACAUCUUUCUGUUGAAGGCACAAGGAAGGAAGGGAGGGUUUGCGGUGGAUGAAAUCGAGCGGUCAUAAUUUGACAACUUCAGAUCAGAUUUUUUUUUUUUAUUAAAGAAAUGAAUUACUGCAUUUCUAGACCCAUGCUGUGUGAAGAAACGACUGUGGAAUAAAUGGCCUUGUACUCGUGUUCAACUAAGAUAUGGUGUCUUUUCAAGCUCUGUACUUAAAAUGUAAUGUCCAAUUUGAAAAGAACUUUAAAAAAUAAUAAUAUAUAUAUAUAUAAAGUAGAAAUUACACAAUUGAUAUGGGAGACGGGAUUGGUUGGAAUAAAAACUCUUUGAUUGUCUUGUGGAAACUUGUAUACCAAAGCUGUGUAUCCUGUACCAUUAAUGUUGAAACAUCGAUUUCUAUUGGAUGAUGGAAUUUUAACAGCAUGCCCGGGAAGGAGUCAUUUCAUUGGCACUUUUUUUAGUUUUUUUUUUUGCAUCAGUGCCAAUGUUCAGGCCUUGUGGGGUGUGUGUGUGUACUAAUUAAAAACUUCAUUUGCUGACUUUCUUUCCCGACACUACUUUUCUUACACUUGGGAUAGUCUCUUUAACACUUCAUAUGCAUAAACCAAGAAAUGCCAUAAAUAAAUGUAUCACCUUGUUUACAGACAGAUCAAAUAAAUUCCAACCAGA